AUGCAUGGUGAAGGUGCCAACGAGGAACUGCGUAAAGUAGCCCGUGCUGAUGUUGCCGUAGAACUUGGACAUGGUUGCGAACAGGAUCGUGACGUUGAACUUCUUAGCAUGCCGCCACCGCGUGUUUCUUGCCACCCAGAACACUGCCAGGGGUGCUAUGCUACCAGCAAGAAAUCCCAGAGGCAGAUACGGAUAGUGUGCGAACACCCGUUUGGGGCCAAGAACAACGUACUGGAUCGCGUUGCUGUUGUAGUUGGUCAGCACCUGGCCGGUCCACUGCCUCAUCGGGUCGCUUUUCAGGCCUUUGAGAAAGUCGUACUUGGAUCUGACCACCCAGCGCAGCGACAUGUAGUUGAACGGUACGCCUAUGAGGUCGCCAAAGAUCUGCGAAAAGAAGACCAGUUUGGGCGGAAUGUCGUUGUAGAUGCCAAUUUUCUGGUCCUGGAGAAUGUACUGGGCGCGGUACCAGCAGUUCCCUGCAAUGGCGCCGUAGAAAGCCGCUCCACAGGGGUGUUUGCCGCUUGUGUCGGAGAAAAACGGCGUCUGCAUCAGCAGACCGUACACCAGCUCGUUGACCGUGCCGAUCUCGACCUGGAAGUUGGAGAUCGCAUACAAGUAUGCCAUCGGGGUCACAAUGAUUGA